AUGACAACAACAAGUAUGGCAGACGGUCACGAUGAUUCGAUCUCUGAGGAACAUGCUCACGUUCUCAGGGGCGCUAUGGGUGGUGGCCCUAAGGGACUCGGUGAUCCAGAUGACAAGCGUCUGCGUCAGGUUGAACGUGAAGUUCUUAUUCCUCAAAAAAUGAAAUUCAAGGCUCGAAAAGAGAUAUGUGCCGAACCGAUCAGAAUUUUUGGUGCCUGUGCCAAGGAAAUGGGUCUUUUAAUGCCGUUCCGAUGUCGAAAAGAAGCCAAGCAGUUAAAACAUUGCUUAAAAGAUGCGUACGCAGAUAAAGAGUUUGCUAAGCGUUGCGAGGAGGAGUACCUACAAGAGCGGUCCGAGUACCGCCGCACAGGGAUAAAAAUGAAACAUAAAAAAGUUCUAGAAGCACGUCUUCAGUAAAACAGACAUUGUUCUAUGGCCGUCUUUGGCAGGUCACUUAAAGGCCAUGGUAUGUGCUGUCAUGUCUAUGAGAAAGUGCUUAUACAAGAUCUUUUACUGUUAAUGGAAAACUAUAGCGGAUUUCCUCUGAAGACCGAGAGACUGAAUGAUCAAGUGUAUGAUAUCCAAUAGACGAGGAUUAAUAAAUCAAUGUGCUCUAGUAGUAAUGUCGUUUAACAAAACAAACUUUAACUAUACUUUUGACAGGUCAUAUUGUGGUAUGGGGCUAGGGUCUCCACGAGUACUCGAGAACAGGCCGAGUCUAACAAGACUAGUCCGUUUACAGGAUUUGAGUACCCGCACAAGGUGGAAUAUAAUUAUCAACUAUAUUACAAUGAACAAUGUAGGACAAUAAUUUCAGCACUAAAUAAUAAUCGGUAUAAUUAUAUGAUCGUGCGAUAGUUUCUCGUUUUAAUCUGGCCAGCCAACCGGCCGUCACAACACUGAACAUAUCAUCCGGUUUCUAAAUGCAAUACAAUGGCACGAUUUGGCAUCCAUGUUCAGAGCUGGAAUUUAACAUGCAUAAUACUAUUUUACUUUAUUCCUUAGUCUCGUAAUCAUCUUUUGUAAGUGUCGGGUACUCUGGUCCAGGUCGAGUUUGACCCUCGAGUACUCAAGUCCAAUAUUUAGGACCCUAUAUGGGGCUGUCCAUAUGUCUUGUCUGUUCAUCAUUCUUGUCCAGACUAUAUCUUGGAUACCAAUGCAUGCAGAAUCAUGAAACCUUACAUUCAGGAACAACUUGGGAUGGGUUUGUGUUGCACACGAAUACUAGGUUACUGUGACCUACUUUUCAUAUGGUUGAGUGCUCACUUGAGGUGCGUACGUCGCAGGAUCGAAUCACCUCUAUGGAUCCAUUCAACUUAUUUGGGGGGUUUUCUUGUUCUAAACAGUACACCACUAACUGGUGCUUUCCUGUCUGGGGAAAGUGCAUAUAAACGAUCCCUUAUUAUUGGUGGGAAAAUGUAGCGAAUUUCCUCUGUAAAACUGUGUCAGAAUUACAAAAUGUUUGACAUCCAAUAGCCGAUGAUUAAUGAAUCAAUGUGCUCUAGUGUUGUUGUUAAACAAAAGAAACUUUUAAUAUCUUGCACAUCAAGCCUCACAUUCGGGAACAGCUGUAGAUGAGGUUAUGUCGCACACCAUUACUAGGUCACUGUGACCUACUUUUCAUACUUUACUGCACAUUAAAUUCAAUCCAUGCCCAGGGAAUAUCUUCUUUAUCAGUUCAUAUAGGGUCAUUAUACCGUGUGUGCAAGUACAAUUUGUGGAGGGCACUGUGUUGCAUACCAUAACUAGGUCACUGUGACCUACUUUUCUGCACAUUUAAUUCAAUCCAUGUCCAGGAAAUGUCUGUCCGUUCAUAGACAUGUUGGAUCAUUAGACCUUGUGUGCAAGUACAAUUUGUGGAGGGCACUGUGUUGCAUACCGUAACUAGGUCACUGUUACCUACUUUUCUGCACAUUAAAUUCAAUCCAUGUCUGGAAAAUGUCUGUCAGUUCAUAUAGGAUCAUCAGUCCUUGUGUACAAGUACCACUUGGGGAUGGUGAGCAGGAACAACUGCUCAAGCCAAGUUUCUUUUUUUCAUUAUUUUGGGAGGGAGCUUGACUCAACCCCCCCUCCCCCUUUAUAAACUUUGCUCGCCAGUCUAUAUGCUUCUGCUAAAAGUCCUGCGAUGUGUUACAUACCCUAACUAGGUCACUGUGACCUACUUUUCAUGGAUUACUGCACAUUAAUAGAAUUCCAUGUCCAGGCCAUAUCUUUUCUAAAUCAUGAAGGACCAAACUGUUGCAUGCAAGUACAACAUGGGAUGGUGGCGUGUUGCAUACCAUUUUACUAGGUCACACAGACCUACUUUUCAUUGAUCUAAAUAACUGACCUUCAGAUAUAUAUAUAUAAAUCACAUAAUUUAUCAGGAUUCUGGACACUCAUAAAUUUUGAAAUAAUCCAAGUCUAUAUUGUGUUUGUGGAAUUUAUUUGUAAUUGUGACAGGUUCACCAGAAUCCAAGCCCAUAUGGCCACCAAUUGUUAGCUGAUAAUGGCAGACAGAUAUAUAUACAUGUAUAUCAUAUACUCUUUUGUGUAUAAAAGGCAUUGAAUUGCUUUAAUUUUUUAAUGCAUUUUUUGUUUUUAGGGAUUAUUAUUGUAGAUAGAUUUAUGCAGACUUUCUCAUGAAGAAAAUAAAAUCAAUAUAAAAAAAAAGAAAAAAAAGAGGAAUAUUGUAAAAUAAUAUUGAGUUAAUAUACACUGUGUGUUUGUAUGUGGGUUUUUUGUUGUUUUGUUUUGUUUGGUAUUUUUCUUAAAACAGUUUUACAUCAGUGUAGAGGGCUGUAGGAACAGUAUUUGGAGUGGGGAGGGAAGACUCUCUAGUGAGGGGUCCAAAGUCUAGGGGGUGGGGGGCACUGGCCACUUUUUCAUUAGUGUAUAAGAGUAGGUAAAAAAAAGAUUUUCAUUCUCUAGGAUGCCCCCACCCCUGGAUCCUACAGGCCUAGUGUGUUGUCAAUAACUAUGACAUUGUUGCUCUUUUCCAUUGGUAUUAGAAUCUUUGUAACUCAGGACAUGACAGUAUUUAACAUGGGUGUAUUCAACAAUGUAAACACUGUUUUUACAAUGGAGCAUUCAAUAAAACAGAUAUUGUUUUACACUGGUGUAUUCAAUAACUGUAACAUUUUUUUUUUUUACAUGGUAUUAAAAACCAUCAAUAAUUUUUUUUUUACACUGGGUGUAUUCAUUAAUGCAGUGAUUGUUUACAUUGGUGUAUUCAAUAAUGUAAACACUGUUUUUUUUUCACACAUUUGCAUUCAAUAAAGCAGAUAUUGUUUUACAUGGGUGUAACAUUGUUUUUACAUGGUAUUAAAAACUAUCAAUAA